GAUUUGUCCAUCCCAAAGCUUGGGCGGAUGGAGGAGGAGGCUGAGAGGAAGAGGAAAAAGCCAUGGACCCCCCAGGCAGGCCCCGAGCUGAGGACGGAGAGCACGGAGGACAAAUCCCCCCGGCAGAGCCUGGUGGGAGAGGCCGUUUUGAAGGGCUCCCCGGCGCAGGAAGGCAGCGGGGAGGAAAAGGCCCGGAGAUGCCCCCGGAGGAGGGGCUGCAAAGCCAGCCCAGGGAACUCUGAGGAGGAAAGACCCGUCCUGUGCCGGGAAGGCGGCCGGAGCUUGAGCCGGAGCUCCGAGCUGGUGGUCCCUGAGCAGCUUCCCAGCAGGGAGAAGCCCUUCAGGUGCUUGGAAUGUGGGAAGAGCUUCAGGAAGAGCUCCAACCUCCUCAGGCACCAGCAUAUCCACACUGGGGAACGACCCUACACGUGUAGGGAAUGUAGAAAGAGCUUCAGGAGCAUCUCCAACCUGAUCCAACACAAUCUCAUCCACACUGGGGAACGGCCCUACACAUGUGGGGAGUGUGGGAAGAGCUUCAGGCACAGCUCCACCCUGAUCCAACACCAGCACAUCCACACUACGACCCUACAAGUGCUUGGAAUGUGGGAAGAGCUUUAGGCACAACUCCACUCUGAUCCAACACCAGGUCAUCCACACUGGGGAACGGCCCUACCCGUGUGGUGAAUGUGGGAAGAGCUUCAGGCAAUGCUCCCACCUGAUCAACCACUGGCGCAUCCACA